AUGGCGAGUAAAUUAUCAAUCGGAGACUUGCAAUCUGACUUAUUCGAUGCAGCAGCGGAAGGAAAUAUAGAGGUGUUGGGCGAGGAUUAUAUUGCAAAAUAUGGAAAGGACGAAGUGUUGUCAUUUAAAACACCAGAUACAAGCAACACCAUUGUCCUCAUUGCAGUUCGGUAUGGGCACUCGGCGUUUAUUGAAAAAGCUAUUAGCCUAUCUCCUGAUCUUCUCCGACAGAAGAACAAUAAUGGGAAUACCCCUCUUCACGAGGCUGCUCAAUGGGGAACUAAGGAGACCGUCAAACUCCUCAUUUCCCAUCUCGAGAAGAGCAAUAGUGGUAGUAGUAAUAGUAGUAGUAACAAUUUUUUGGAGGUGAAUUGCGACGGUGACACCCCGUUCCAUGCCGCACUUCGAAGCCGCAACAUGGCGGUAGCCGAGGAGUUGUUUUCAUACGUCAAGGACCACCCGGAUAUCCUGCUCAUGAAAUCUAAUUUACGCAAGCAAACUCCUCUACAUCUCUAUGUUCAAUAUUGCGCUGGUGUGAGUGAAAGUCAGUACAUAGAAUAUGAUGACUACGGCGAUGUAGCUUUCAAGCAAACACUUUUUUUUCAAUUAAUGAAAGCAAAUUUUUUGGCUAUCUAUGAGCUUGAUUCAGAGAGCCUGAGCCCUCUAAUGCGAGCAGCUCAGCUUGGUCGUGUGCUCGUCGUUUCGAUGUUACUAAGAUACCGGCAGGCAAUAGAAUGCCGAGACUCGAAAGGACGAAGUUUUUUGCACUACCUGAGGCUAGGUAUGAAUGAUCUUAAUGCAAAAGAUCGGAAUUAUACCGUGAAUGUUUGCAAGAUGAUCUUAGAACAUCCGGGAGUUGAUAUUCUCAUAUGCUCAAGAGACCAAGAUGGAAAUACACCAUUACAUCUGGCCAUUUUGGAUAAAGAUCUCGAUCUGGCACGAUUGAUCUCUGAAUGA